AUGGCGAAUGCUAUUCAGCGAAAAAUUGCUGUGAUGGGUUAUCCAUGUGUCGGAAAAUCUUCUAUCACGCUACGAUUUGUGUAUGGUAAUUUUCCAGACGCAUAUGACACAACUAUUGAGGAUAUCUAUACGAAGCCAUAUAAAUUUAAUGGAAAGCAGUUUGCUUUGCAGAUAACUGAUACUGCGGGACAACAAGAAUUCUCAUUGUUUCCUCGUAGCUGUGCAAUAGAUAUUGAUGGAUAUAUUCUGGUCUAUGCAAUUGAUGAUCGAAAAUCAUUCGAAAUAGUUCAGUCGAUUUACGAUAAAAUAAUGGAAAACCUCGGGGACAAAAAUAUACCAAUUGUGGUUGUGGGAAAUAAACUGGAUCUGCACUUCAAUGCACGUCAUGUUUCAACAGAGGAGGGACGACAGCUAGCCGUUUCUUGGAAUGCUGCUUUUUUGGAAACAUCAGCAAAAGAUAAUACAUCUGUGGAACAAAUCUUUGAUUGUUUGCUGCGUGAAAUUGAAAUUGCGAAUGGGAAUAUGAAGCGAAAUCAGAAUGGUUGUGCACUUUCUUAA